CUUCUAUGUUUUCAUAGAUGUCACCUGACGCUUCAUUUGAGCGAGUGUUCCGAAAAGGCAGUGCAGUGCACAGUCACAGGCUGCAAGGCCAUCACAAAGAGAAAAGACACCGAAGAACACAUCUUUACCGCCGCAGCCACACAUUCCGUGCUUCAGACGGGAGAAGUGCAAAAACUACGGGGUGUGAUGCACUUUAAGGUUCGGUACAAAUCUAGCUUAUAAUUAUACAAAUACAAACAUUAAAGACUGCAAAGAAGCACGUAUAUAAACAAGAAUUACUGUAACACCAACAAUAUUUUAUUCGUGUGUUGAUUGUUAAAAAAGAAGAAAUAGUGAUUGCGCCUUUAUAUAUUGUGUACAAUCUUAACCUAGGAAGUAUUUUAAAGACUUCAAAAGACAAUCCUCGAACCAAAUAGUUUGCUGCAUAGGUUGCCAUUAUUACUGAAAGAAAUUUAAUAUUAUCUUUCCCUUUUCUGCAGAGACCCAAACCAGCUUGGUUUCUGGAGGAGGAGAAUGUGUUCUCCUUCUGCUGGAAAACAAGUGGUUUAAAAACCCAAACUCAAUCCGGAGCAAGCACCGAAUAUCGCUGCCCUAACGGAAACAGGUGGAGAGGAAUUCUGUCUGUCGAAGGAGGCCAACUCCACCUGCUGUCCCUACAGCUGGUGUCUUCUGUGACACCAGUAAUAGUUGGAGCAAGGUAA